AUGAUUAGGAAACAUAUUAAAGCCUCUUGUGAACCUUGUAUCAAUGGUCAUAGAGCCAAUCUAUGUAACCAUUAUUCCAACCUUAAUCCAAGCGAUUCAAACUAUAAUGAAUCAAAUGCUUAUUUAGAAGUCAUUCCAAAAAAUGGAAGAUCAAAUAAUGAAACACCAGAUGAAACUGAAGAUUUUAAACUGACAACCCAAGAUUUUUCUUCUUUAUUAAAUUCCAACAAUUAUAAAUAUAUCUUGACUGAAGCCAAUUUGUCUCCUACACUUAAUGAUUUGUGUCCAAAUAGUGACAAUUUCAGUUAUGAAUGUACUUAUCCUUGUUGCAGAAAAAAAUCAAAGGAUUUAUAUAUAGAUGAAGAAACUGCUAUUAUUUAUAAAGUUCUAAAAGAUUGUGCUUUUACUUCAAUUGAAGAAGUUGGUACACUUGUCUCUUAUAAAGAUUUACCAGCAGAAUUCUUAGAUGAAGAUAUAAAUAAUGAUUUUGAUGAUGAACUUUCUUCAGCUCCAGCUUUUCCAAAUCCAAUUAAUAUUAAUCCAGAUCCACAACCAAUCAAUAACCCUUUACCACAACCCCAACCAAUCAACAAUAAUAUCAAUUCACUUAACCAGCUUUCACCAGAAGAUGUUUUAGGAUCAAUGAAUUUUCAACCAUUAUAUUUAACCCAUUCUAUUAAAAACACACUUCUUAGAUCUAUGUCCAAAAAUCAACAACAGAUUGUUCCAAAAACUAAUAAUGAUGUAAACAAUGAAGACACAACAUGGUUUGAACAUGAUGAUGAUUACAGUGAUUAUAGUUUUGAAAGUUAUGAGAGUUAUGAAAGUGAUGAAAGUGAUAUCGAAAUAGAUAAUGAACAUGAUGAACAUAAUGAACAUAGAGAAACCAUAGAAGGAGAUAAAAAAAUUGAAGAUAAUGUUGAAGUCAUCGUUAUUGAUGAUGAUGAUGAUGUCUUUGAGGUAAUUGUGAUUGAUGAUGAGGAGGAUGAUGAUGAGGAUAAAGAAUGUGCUAUAAAAGAUAAUGAAAACACUAAAAGUAAUAAUUUGGAUAUAAAUCAUUUCAGAAGUAAUGAGGUUCUUCCUAGUUAUGAUGAUUGGGUUUAUGAACGUCGUUGUCAAGGAACAGAUGAACUUUUUAUUUUUGAUGGUCAGUCUGAAAACUUAGAUUAUGCAAACUUUCAAUCAUAUAGACCAUGUUCAUUGGAUGAAAAUGUUUCUUAUGAUUAUGAUGAACUUAAUGAAUAA